AUGCUCGCGUCAAGCAGCCAUAUACACGGUCAGGUCGCCAUUGCGUCGGGCCCUGCGCCUCCGUCUGCCCUCAAUGAUUCGCAUCUCCAUACCAAGGAGGUGACCGAGUAUGAGAAGAUAUUGAACAUCCGCGACCAGAUCUUUGCUGGCACUCAUCCUAGGUUGAGAGUCCCGGAGAGUGUAAUUCGCAAGGUUCCUCCGCGGUCUGUUGUUCAGACGUCGCCGUCUUCGACAUCAGCCCCUGUCUUCGUUCCUAGUUCUCAAGCUUCGGCUUCAGAACCAGCACCCCCUUCUUCAUUUCCUCCGGCACACCAUGCUGCUCAGGCCACGGCCACGUCUUCUCCCUGGCCUCAGCCAGCAAGUACUGCUGCAGGUGGCGACACUGACUCUCCCGUCACAGGCGCGUCGACGCCGAAGCCAACUUCGGAGAUAGACCCUAUAUUCUUGACCAAAUCGGAUGAUCUCAUCAGGGCAGAGACUCAAUUGCAACGCCAGCGGCUUGAACGUACACUGCGAGAUUAUGCUGAGCAGAAGAGAAUAGAAGAGAGACAGAAGCCGCCGUUACAGGAGCUGAAGCCUGACUUUGACGUCUCGGAUGUUUUCAACAAGGCGUUGGAGAUAGUGAAACCACUUUCCCCUCCCUAUGACCAUGAUAAUAACACUGGUGUUGAUGGUGAUGGUGAUCGGGCUAAUAACGGCAAUGCAGCCAGUGAUUCCUUCGAUGACAACUCUUACUACUCGAGCAGAGCUCCUGACUCUCCACAAAACGAGGAAUACGAUGAAGAUAUGGCACCUGCGCCGCCGCUGGCUGGGAAUAUGGAUACAGACGAGAGUGACGAGACUGUUAUCGUAGACCGUGCCAGAGCUAAUGAGCCUGGGCAUGAUUCUGCUGCCGGUAAUCACCAUUUACUUGGUCAACAUGCUAACAUUGACGACGAUGCGAGAAGGGACUUGGAGAAUAUUCAGCCGUGGACGGAGGAUAAUGAGCAUCAUUACUCUCCGCCAGAGCCGUAUGAGGAACCAGAGUAUUCUCCACCAGGCCCCGACCUGUCACUAAACGGACGACGAGAUUUAUUAGAACCUAGCUAUCUUAGCCCGUCAAGCAGACGGCAACAACAACAACCUCCUCCCAUGCAACAGCCAUCGGGCCAACAAUCUCCAGCCCCUAGGAAUCUGCGGGUUGUGAGAAACCAUAUCACGUCUCCAGCAGCACCUCAGCCUUCCCGUGUAUCGCCUCUUGCUGUUACCAGGGUCUCGUCAAUAGCACAGUCGCGUCAAGGUCGGCAAAGUAGACAGGCCGCAAAGGCAUCUGCCGACCAGGGCUCUGAACGUACUAGCCCAGAGCAUGGGCCUUCCCAGCAGUUAAUGUCGCGGAAACGCCGUCGCCUUCAGCAAGCUCACGACAAGAAGAAACUCGAAGAGGAAAGAAGAGCUGCUGCGUCUCCUGAUAUGCCAUACAUUAAACCGGAGCCUGUGUCACCUCCACCAUUUAUACCUUCAGCAGUGGCUCAUUAUCCUAGGGGCCGGCUCGUUCAAGAAGUGCCAGCUGAUGUUGAUUAUGUGUCUCGUCACGACGACCAUGUUAUAGCCGGCCGUGUUCCAGCAUAUGACGACGGGCACGGCAGAAACUAUGAAUUAGAGAGUCCAAUUGAGCUGCAUACCCCUCGAACAACUUCGAGAAUAGGCUAUAAAAGACCUAAUCGGGAUGAGCAUGACCUACGGCGAGUGGCUAGUUUACAGCAUGCUCGACAGACAGAGUAUGUCCAAGAGUACCCAGAGCCCGUUGCAGAGAUAUCUCCGCGCCACGGGCGAGCUGUAUCUUAUGCCGAGCCCAUCCAUUCGGAGCGGACUAGGUACCACGACGAGGGCCAACCGGCACAGUAUACCACCACUAGAAGAUACAUGACCAGACCGCUCUCACCCCACUACCGUGAAAGCUAUGCUCCAGUUCGUGUCUCUGAGUCUCGUGCCAUGGGUCCUCCUCCACCCCAAAGACGCAUCGUAGUUGAUGCGGAAGGUAACCGGUUCUACGAGUCAAUUGACGCUCCGCGUGCCAUGCCUCCGGCAUCUGCGCGGGUGCCCAGGGCGGAGCCCUACGACGGAGUCAGUCAUGCUCCUGCGCGAUCAAUGUCUAUUGUGGAUGAUCAUUACCGAGACCGUAGGUACAUCCAGGAAAUGCCCCCUCCUGAGAUUACCUACCGCCGUAAUCCUGGCCCCAAUGCAGGCCCUGGCUCAAGCUACGCUGCAGACAACGAAUUUGGUGAGCCACGAUACUAUGAUCGUGAGCCCGCGGAACGUGGACCAGUGAUGCGUAGCGCCAGUGUCCAAGUAAUAGACUAUCCGUCACGUCAAACGCAACACCUCCGCCAAUCUCAAACGUCAUACGUUGACGACCCUCAUUUUCCCCACGAGGAGAUUGUACGUGUGGCUAGCGUGCGCCCUCUACCAGUUGGCGUGCCUCGUUAUGAGGAGCACCAUGAAGUCCGACCUCGCAUGACAAGUGUACGGCCUAUGCGGCGUGAGGUGAGUGUCUACGUUGAUGACGAAGUAGGUCAUGCUAGGGAGUAUCCUCCUGUGGAACGAUACGGCGGAGGACCUAGCUACACGGCACGUCCGAUGAGAGAAGAACGCUUUUACGAAAGCGCUGGCCCAGGCCGAAUCGAGGCCGAUGAGGGCUCUGAGGUUAUUCGACGAGUGCCUCGCCAAUAUUAA